AUGCGCCUCUUGAAAUGUAUUAUAUUUCUGACUGAUCAAAUGAUGACUUACCCUCGAUGUAGCCCUCCAAUAUCGAGUCCGGUCGAUUAUGGAAAUGAUGAGGGCGAACUUUUAUUAAAGAAAUUCGACAUACAAGUGAUGGACGCCCGUUGA